AUGCUGAUCCUCAAUACUAUAUUCGUUUCAAUAAUAGUACUGCAGCUGGCCAAGCCCUUGGGUCAACUUGACUUUGAUCAACUGACUGGGGAAGUGUCACCAGUAGUCCAUCAUUGGUACAGGCUAACGUUUGCAAAGCUUCACGAUAUAAUACCUAGUGAUUUGCAAUUCACAAAAUGUAGAGAUCUACUUUGGCAAACAAAGACACACCCACUUCCCGACAUAUGA